GAGGCGGGGCCAGCGCCGCUGCCGGGUGCUGGAGGCGCCAUUGGAGCCGGCUUGGCUUGUGAGCUCCGCUGAGGAGCCGGAGGUUGGGCCGCAGUUAGCUCCGCGUCCGCUCCUGGUUCCUGGCCCCUCAGCGGCAUGGCGUGCGGGGCGACGUUAAAGCGGCCCAUGGAGUUCGAGGCGGCGCUGCUGAGCCCUGGUUCCCCGAAGCGGCGGCGCUGCGCCCCUCUGCCCGGCCCCACUCCGGGCCUCAGGCCCCCGGACGCCGAGCCGCCGCCGCUUCUCCAGACGCAGACCCCACCGCCGACUCUGCAGCAGCCCGCCCCGCCCGGCAUUCUUUACCAAAUGAGCAUUGAGUACGGGCUCACGUUGUUGCGGCAUCAGAACUGUUUUUCUAUCUUUAAAAAAGAAGAAAAACCUCGAUUUGUCUUUUGGCCAGGUUCCUCCUGGAUGAAGAAGGACCAGCCCACCUUUACCCUCCGACAAGUUGGAAUAAUAUGUGAGCGUCUCUUAAAAGACUAUGAAGAUAAAAUCCGGGAGGAGUAUGAGCAGAUCCUCAAUACCAGACUAGCAGAACAGUAUGAAUCUUUUGUGAAAUUCACACAUGAUCAGAUUAUGCGACGAUAUGGGACAAGGCCAACAAGCUAUGUGUCCUGAAGCUUUCUUGCAUAUCUGGGUACCAGGUUUGACCUCAAGAGAUGGCUGCUGUACACUUUUUGCAACUGGUUUGAUAUCACAUUUCAGCUCCAACUUUGCAUCCUGAGAACACUUAAAACGUUUCUGCAGGUCCAUUUUAUACAACUUGAAAGACCUUAAAACUUUCUGGUUGCCACAAGCAUAUCUUUCUUUUCUGCUCAUCCAAUAAACAGCUGUGCCCUACUGUGAUAGAUUUUCCAAACAAAAAUACCUGGAGCAGCAGUUUAGCAAAAUAUGCCCUCACUGGCACUCAACAAAUGGAGUUUCCCCAAGCACAGUUCUGUAAGAAGUGUGUGUGAGAGUGUGUGUAUGUGUGUGUGUGUGUGUAUUUUAAGUUAUUAUUUGUAUUGUGCAAAUUUUUUUGAUCUUGGGGAUUCUGGCUGUGAAUUUGAUGCACGACAAUUAUGGUUAAAAACAUUUGCUUGGUCUACGGAAGAUCAUUCAUGUUUUGUGACCAUAUAAGUUGUUAACGGUGGAUUGUUUUAUGUUGUAGGUAUUAUUGUUAAAUACAGGGACUGUUUCCAGGCACAGAAUAUGAAUCAUAAGUUAGGAUGGACAUUAGAUGUGAUGAUGAUGACAUAGCAAAGGUCUGUGGUCCUAGGUCUACAAAUGCGUGGUGAGGAAUUAGGACAAACUGGAGACGGGCUGUUUGACACAUGGACUCUGCCUCGCCGUGUUGAAAAAUACUUUGACUCCAAGCCUUAAAAUACCCACGUGGAGUCUGUGCUCCCCUCAGUCACACAGAGAGCCCCCUGGACGCUGAACCUCUAAAAAGAAAAAGUCUCCCCGGAGCAGGAGCAUCAGGGUUUGCUUGGGAGCACAAGAGAGGCGAGCGUGGGCUGGGCCAGGCCCUGGUGGCCCUGCUACGUGGGAGGAGCCAGCUUGCCUUUGUAUCGGUUAUUAAACACAGAAUUUGGAUUCUUUGUUCAGGCUCCCCAAAUUCUUUUUAAGAAGCGACCAUGUUCAACUGCUUGAGCUUUGUUUUGGCAACCCCCUGCCCCAAGUUGCUUACAGACUGUUCUUCACCUUGUUUCCAAGGCUGUGGAACAGAAAGUAGCCUCUGUUUUGAGGAGGUGGAAGUUAAAAGUAUACAUUUAUUUUUUACUGUGACUUGUUCAGGACCACAUUUUACAAAAUGCCUUGUUUCCUUUAUUAUUGUUUCUGGAAAGGAAAGUUCUAUUAAAAUUGUUUUAGUUUGAAUAUAGAAUAGUUUUAUUAAUUAGGGCUUAUUUUGAAAAAUUCUGAGUUUAAUUCAAGUGUAUGCCAGUACCUUCCAAAGUAAGGUAAUAUUCAGAGACAGUUGUUCUGAUCAGAUGGCUUAGAGAAAUUCUGGAAUAUUCAUAUUCGAAGAUUCCUUAUUAAUGAAUGUCUUUGACUUAAAUCUAACCAAAAACUGCAACAUUAUUCUUUGUACAUUUUCAUUAUAUAGUGUUAACAAGCUUAGUUGCAAACAAAUAAAAUACUUAAGCUAUUUGUUUACCUUGCCUUCUU